ACGACUGGGGCGCAAUAAAAAUUGCCUAUAAACUGGCAGAACUCUGACGGUGCGCUGUCAUGGAAGGACAGGACACAAGGACACAGACUUGGACGGGACGAGGGGAACAGGAGCAGAAGCACAACAAAGCCAAACUUCCGCUCAGGAUGCGGCAGAACGGAAGCUAUUUCGGCCGCCUGAACGUGAGCCUGCUGCUCAUCUACUUGUGGUGCUAUCUGCUCCUGAUAAUGGCCGCAUCUGGUGGCAGCAACCAUGUGGUGAAUGGCCUCAAAUGCUAUUGCAAUCCCAAGGAGUGCGACGUUAUCCGCUCGCCCGACUGCCCCGGCAAAGGACUUAUGCUCUGGGAUCCCUGCAAAUGUUGCCGCAUAUGCGCCAAAACUCUGGGCGAAUCCUGCGGCGGUCCGGGAGGAUUUUCCGGUCAAUGUGAGCCGCCCCUGCAGUGUGUGACCAAGCUGCCCAUUAGCAGCGGAUUGGGUGUGUGCAUGGAUUUGCAGCAUCUGACUGCCCUCACCUACAGUCAGCACGAAAAUUGUUCUGACAGCGAGUCGAUUGUCCUGCAGCCUGGCUGCGAGAUCACCAACAAGCGCUGCCAAUGCUGGCCCACAAUGCGCACCUGUCUCAGUGAAUUAACCAGCGAUGGAGGAUCUGUCAGCGAUACCAGCUGGCAUUUCAAGAACCUAGAGGACUGCCAAUUGAAUUUGCAAAAUCUUAUUAAGCUCGAACUAGAAUUCGAUGAAGACUAUAAAAUCUCACCAAGCAAAUUUACAUACAAAAAGCUACGCAGAAAGCGGAAAUCGUUAAGAAAGCGAAUCACGCACAAACGAAAGACUUAGGCAACGAACUGAAUUUACUGGUGCACGAAAUGAUUUCCCUGGAAAAACGACCUUCGACCUGCACAAUUGGUAAACCACAAGAAGAGUGACAAACUGGCGCCAGUCUUGGGACACAAGGACCACACACUUGAUCGUAGGUGCGAGCCGGACAAGUGAUCUAUUUAGGUUAUUAUGUCUUUAUGUUGGGACAAGCAGCGAACUCGACAAGGGGCAGCUGCAGGGAUCGAUCUCAUUGUUAUUGGAAAACAGUAGGUGGUGCAAGGACCAUGGAAAAAAAUACAGAAAAAGAAUAAGAGUGAAAGAAGAAACAGAGUCCUGGACAUAAAUCAAACAUAAGCUGGGAUUCCCCCCUCACAAAAAAAGCAUCCCCUCUGCUACCUCGUUUAGCAUUUGGUAUAGACGAAACCGACAACAGAGCUCAUAAAACGAAGUUGCAAACGGUAGCAGAAAACCGCAACAAAACAAUCGAGCUGCAUGUGGGAGGUCCUGUUUUGGGCCAUAAUGACAACCGCA